AAGGAAACAGGGAAAAAUGUCGCCAUGAAGGCCGAGAACCGCUGCCGCCGCCGACCCCCGCCGGCCCCGAACGCCAUGAGCCUGGGUCCCUGCCGCGCCCGCUCCGCUCCCGCCGCCGCCGCCGCCGAGGCCCCCGUUGAUGCCGCAGAGCUCCCCCAGCGCCGCCGCCACCGCCUCCGACAUGGACAAGAACAGCGGCCCCAGCGGCUCCGCCUCUUCGGGCAGCAGCAAAGGGCAACAGCCGCCCCGCUCCGCGUCCGCGGGGCCGGCCGGCGAGUCUAAACCCAAGAGCGAUGGAAAGAACUCAAGUGGAUCCAAGCGUUACAAUCGAAAACGUGAACCUUACUGCCCCAAAAAUGAAAAUUUUAGCAACCAGUCCCGUCGCUCCAAUUCACAGAAAAGCAAAACUUUUAAUAAGAUGCCUCCUCAAAAGGGCGGCGGCAGCAGCAAACUCUUUAGCUCUUCUUUCAAUGGUGGAAGACGAGAUGAGGUAGCAGAGGCUCAACGGGCAGAGUUUAGCCCUGCCCAGUUCUCUGGUCCAAAGAAGAUCAACCUGAACCACUUGUUGAAUUUCACUUUUGAACCACGUGGCCAGGCAGGUCACUUUGAAGGCAGUGGACAUGGCAGCUGGGGAAGAAGGAACAAGUGGGGGCAUAAGCCUUUUAACAAGGAGCUGUUUUUACAGGCCAACUGCCAGUUUGUGGUGUCUGAAGACCAAGACUACACAGUUCAUUUUGCUGAUCCUGAUACCUUAGUCAAUUGGGACUUUGUGGAACAAGUGCGUAUUUGUAGCCAUGAAGUGCCAUCUUGCCCAAUAUGCCUAUAUCCACCUACUGCGGCCAAGAUCACCCGUUGUGGACACAUCUUCUGCUGGGCAUGCAUCCUGCAUUAUCUUUCACUGAGUGAGAAGACCUGGAGUAAAUGUCCCAUCUGUUACAGUUCUGUGCAUAAGAAGGAUCUCAAGAGUGUUGUUGCCACAGAGUCUCGUCAGUAUGUUGUUGGUGAUACCAUUACGAUGCAGCUGAUGAAGAGGGAGAAAGGUGUGUUGGUGGCUUUGCCCAAAUCCAAGUGGAUGAAUGUAGACCAUCCUAUUCAUCUAGGAGAUGAACAGCACAGCCAGUACUCCAAGUUGCUGCUGGCCUCCAAGGAGCAGGUGCUGAGCCGGGUGGUCCAGGAGGAGAAAGUGGCGCUGGAACAGCAGCUGGCAGAGGAGAAGCACAGUCCCGAGUCCUGCUUUAUUGAGGCAGCCAUCCAGGAGCUCAAGACUCGGGAAGAGGCUCUUUCAGGAUUGGCUGAAAGCAGAGGGGAGGUCACUGGUGUGGUGGCUGCUCUGGAACAACUGGUGCUGAUGGCUCCCUUGGCGAAGGAGUCUAUUUUUCAACCCAGGAAGGGAGUGCUAGAGUACCUGUCUGCUUUUGAUGAAGAAACCACCGAAGGUUGUUCUCUGGGCUCUUCUCGUCCUCUUGGUCUCCCUCUGGUAGAAGAAGAGGAAGCAGAUCAACCGGAGCCUGAUCCGAAGGGUUGUCCAGAGGCUUGUGAUGGCUUGGAGUUAGCAGAUGACGAUCUUGGAGAGGGUACCAUUAGUACUGAGUCCAGCCAUCAGGAACCCACCUCAGGCUUCACACCCCUGAGCAGCUCUCCUUGUUACUACUUUUACCAAGCGGAGGAUGGGCAGUACAUGUUCCUGCAUCCUGUGAAUGUGCGCUGCCUCGUGCGGGAGUAUGGCAGCCUGGAGCAGAGUCCCGAGAAGAUCUCAGCAGUGGUGGUGGAGAUCGCUGGGUACUCCAUGUCUGAGGAUGUUCGACAGCGUCAUAGAUAUCUCUCUCACUUGCCCCUCACCUGUGAGUUCAGCAUCUGUGAACUGGCUCUGCAGCCCCCUGUGGUCUCUAAGGAAACCCUAGAGAUAUUCUCAGAUGACAUUGAGAAGAGGAAGCGUCAACGCCAGAAGAAGGCUCGGGAGGAGCGCCGUCGAGAGCGUAGGAUUGAGAUGGAAGAGAACAAGAAACAGGGCAAGUACCCAGAAGUCCACAUUCCCCUGGAGAAUCUACAGCAGUUUCCUGCCUUCAAUUCCUAUACUUGCUCCUCUGAUUCUGCUUUGGGUCCCACCAGCACUGAGGGCCAUGGGGCUUUCUCCAUUUCUCCUCUUAGCAGAAGUCCAGGUUCCCAAGCAGAUUUUCUGCUGACCCCUGUGUCACCCACUGCGAGCCAGGGCAGUCCUUCACUCUGCAUCGGGAGCCUGGAGGAAGAUUCUCCCUUCCCUUCGUUUGCCCAGAUGCUGAGAGUUGGAAAAGCAAAAGCAGAUGUGUGGCCCAAAACUAUUCCAAAGAAAGAUGAAAAUAGCUUAGUCCCUCCUGCCACCGUGGACAGUGAUGGGGAGAGUGAUAACUCGGACCGUGUUCCUGUGCCCAGUUUCCAGAAUUCCUUCAGCCAAGCUAUCGAAGCAGCCUUCAUGAAACUGGACACGCCCGCUACUUCAGAUGCCCUCUCUGAAGAGAAAGGAGGAAAGAAAAGAAAAAAACAGAAACAGAAGCUCCUGUUCAGCACCUCAGUCGUCCACACCAAGUGACACUACCGGCCCAGGCUACUUCUCCAGCUGGUUUUCUUUUUUCCGUGCUUUUGUUUUGCUGCUGUAAUUUUUAAGUAUCUGAGUUUGAACAGAUUAGUUCUGGGGGGAGGGGGUUUCCACAAUAUGAGGGGGAACCAAGAUUUUAAAUACAGUGUAUUUUCCAGCUUCCCGUCUUUACACCAAAAUAAAGUAUUGACACUCAUAAGAGA